AGGUCUGUCCUCUCCAUCUGAUUACCUGACUAAUCCCCUGUCCGGGGAGAAGCACAGACAACCUUGCUUCGGGUGGAACUAAACGUAUUUCUCCAACAGGUUUCCUCUAAAGACCUGAAUCCUAUCUAUUUUUUUUAUAUGAAUGGUCAUAGGAGUUCUUAAUUGCAUUUUAUCGACGUUAAUAUCCUAAUUGCAAAAUGGGAGAAAUAACGCAACCUGUCCCUAAGUUGGUUCCGCACAAUUUGGAGACUUCGAAGGCAGAUAGGAGUCCCCAUUCAAGAUCGGGUGUGAAGAAACCUGUAGAACUUCUGAUCAAGUCCCUCAACGAGCUCGUCGCUGAAAGCCACGAAAAACCGUACGAGGCGGUAACAGUGAUGCACCAGACCUACGAGAAGGAGCGCAGGAAGCUCCUGCACCUAUGUCGAGAGGGAAGAGAGAAAAUCGUCAAGAAGGCUCCGGACGAAAAAAAAUCGCGGGCCCCCCUUCCCCCAACACAGCUCCCUGCUUUAGUAGUGGUCGGCAGGGCUGUCCGCGACAGCAGCAGGAGCGACUGUUGUUCUCCACACACUGACGCUGAUGACAGCAGCCCGCCACCACAGCACUCUGUUGCGCAAGGAUUCAUCCGCAGCAGCAGCGCUGUGGGCAAACCCCCACCUCCUACUACUACUUACAAACGUAAGUGUGCGUUGAGUUCCCUCAGACCGAGAAACCACAACAACAGCGACGACGGCGGCAGGCUGUCCACCGGCAGCAGCCACAGUCUGGGUGACCUCAGACACUCCCUGACCACUCAGACCCAGCUGGAGCGGCUCACGGGGGACAUCCACCAGAAGAUGCGCGUGAUGGUGUCGGAGAAGGACCGCAAGAUCGCCGCCCUCAUGCUGGUCAAGCGCCGAGAGGAGAUUGGCCUGCUGUCCCUCCGCAAGCAGGGGGAGCACGAGCGACAGCAGGCCCGCGGCGAGGAGGCGGGGCGGCGGGCGCAGGAGGAGAAGGGCAGGAGGAGGAGGCUGAGGCAGAGCCUGCAGCGCUGGCGGCAGGAGACGGAGGCCCUGGGCCGGAGCAGGGAGCGGCGGCACCAGGAGCUGACGUCCCUGCGCGAGCGGCAGGCGCGGCUGCAGGAGGAGCGCUGGCUGAGGUCUAGGGUGGCUCUGGAGGCCCGACGCCGUGAGGCGUCGGAGGCCGCCCGGACGGAGGCGCAGUCACGCAAGCGCUGCCAGGAGGGGCUGCUCCGGGGCCGGGAGGAGGUGGAGCAGGCGGGGAGGGAGAAGGAGGCCCGGCGGGCGGCGGAGCGGGAGCAGAGGGCCAGGAGCGGGAAGGCCACGCGGGAGAGGAGGGAGAAGAAGAGGCUGUCUCUGGAGAACAGCCGGGAGCUCCUGCAGCAUGUGCUCCUCAGAAAGCGCGCGGAGCAGCAGGCGAAGCAGGUUGAGGCGGAGGCCAGGGGCGCCAUGGAGCGGCGGCUCGGGCGCUCCCGGGAGGAGCAGGAGCGGGCCUCGGAGGGGCGGCGCAGGGAGCUGCGGGAGCGGGGCUCCCUGCAGACGGAGCACAUCCAGCAGGCUCGCGCCGCCGCCGAGCAGCAGAGCCGCCAGCAGCUUCGCCACAAGCUGCUGCUGGUGCAGCUCAGCCAGCGGCGCACGGAACGCGCCGCGCGCCAGGUCUUGGCCCAGACCCGGGCCCGGGCCCAGCAGGCCCGGCAGCACAACCUGGGCCGCCGCCUCUGCCACCAGCAGCUCCGGGAGCGGGUGCGGAGGGAGGAGGAGGCGCGCAGGGAGGCGGUGGAGAGCCAGGUGGUGGCCAAGGAGCGCAAGAGGAGGGAGCUGCGGGCGCAGCGGGAGCGCACGCAGGAGGAGGCGCGCCGGGCGGCUCGCGCCUCCUUCCUCAUGAGGGAGAGCGUGAGGGAGCAGAGUGUGAGGCGGACGUUCGACCGCAUGGCGCUGGAGGCCCAGCUCUGCGCCCGCUUGGCAGGAGUCAAGCUCUGAGAGACCUCCUGCUAGGGUGCUGCUGCUGUGUCCUCCUACGGCUGUGUGAGCAGCAUGUGGACACUCAUGAUCUGGGGAAGGGCUCCGCUGAGAUGUCAUGUGGUGGGACAUUAUGGGGGGCAGGAGGGGUCAAUGCUCCCACUGAGUUAAAUCACGAUGUAAUGUGUCAUGUGACAUUUCCGCUGAGCCGACAUAUUGGGGGCGUCGCGGGGGGGGGGCAAUGCCCCCCUGAGUUAAAUCAUGAUGUCAGGUGCAAAAUAUUAUAGGUUGGAUUUGGUUUACAUUUCAUUGAGGAAUAGUAUAAGUUUACAUGAACAACAGUUCUACGUAAGUUGAAAAUUUGGUAGUGCCUAAAGAUCCCGCUGGCUGGGGAGAACGUUAGCGGCUGGGAUGCAGUUUCCCCAGAUUUCAGCCGGCUCCUCCCCAUGUUGAUCCACUCCAGGGCCUCAGCGAUGAAAGGCCAAACCAGGGGAAACUGGACCAUUACUGGAAAGCUGGAUAGAUCAGUCUACCAGCCUACCCAGUGGACCUUAGCAAAUGUUGCUUAUCUAUCCAUCAUACAUCGAGUUGGACACUCCCACUUGUAUUCUCACUAAAACUCAGGAAAGACAAACGGCUUGCAAUGGCUAAUCACACUCACACCUGGUUGCAUAUCACCCCUUUAAACUAGUCUACGUGUGUUUGACCCGAGCUUAGCUGUACGGUAGCAAGGUGAGCUUACUUUUUCUGCUUCUUUGCAUAAAACCUUGAUGUAACUAGAAAUAUAAUGCACACUACAAAUGGAAUACAGAUAGGAGCUUGUAAAAGUAUGCCCACCCGUUGAACAUGAACUCUGCUGAGAGCUGUAUUUGUUUGUUUUUAUUAAUCACAUGGAGGUUCAAAGAGGGUCAAUGGUACACGGAAAUAUGUUAUAUGAAAAAAACAGGUUCUUCAACUGUCGUCAGCACAUUUAACGCUGACAUUGCUUGUAAAAGAUAUCAAGGCACUUCUGGGACAUCAUCAGCCGUUCCAUGUGUAAAUGUCCCUGAACUGGCUUUACUUGUUUCAGUUUUUGCCUAUAAGCAGGCAACAGACACAAGUAUGUAUUAGGCCAUGUUGUAUUGGGUCUCACAGUAUUAUGCAUAGAACAGUCCACAUGACUUAAUACUGGGGAAAUAUUUUGGUUAGUGGCCGAACGAUUUGGCUACUUGGAGAAACUUUCUUUUAUAAUGAGAUCAUGAAGCCAAGCAAUUGGACUAAAUGUAAUAGAUUUAAUAUUAAGAAAUGCAAUUCCUUAAUAAAAUGUCUGGUUAAGCCAAGUUUAGCCCCAUGGUUGUCCAAACAAGUCAGUCUUGAGGCACACACAAUAGGGUUGUGAAGGAAUUGCUUGGAUCAUUCAGAGCCAUCACAAGGCUUGAUGACUCAGGCAAAUAUGUGUAUUACAAUGAUUUAUUUUCUUUAUAAAAGAUAUUUCUUGCAAAUACUACAUUUUAAAUAAAGUACAUUUAAUAAAC